AUGACAGCAAUGAACUGCAAAUGGGGAGAUGGCAAUGAGAGUGAAUAUCUGAAUGUGAGAGUGAAUGUGCAAACUGCAGAAAAUCAUACAAGAGCAACCAGUGAGCAGAAUUUUGGGAUGGGAGACAUGAAUGAAUAUCCAGAAAAAGAGGGAUUUGAUAAGUCAAAUAAAGAAGCACGUGGUAUUCAAGUGGUGAAAAGCAGUGCAAGGCAAGAUCAGAUACCAAAGCCAAAACAAGCGCUGCAAGCAACAUAUCAUUACCGAUCUACCCCUAGUACUAACAAUUCAAACUCUAAACUUAUGCUGGAACGACAGACAAUCUAUGGCGGCCUCCAAACCAAGAUCAAUGGACUCAAAUGUGCAUUGCGGGCGGGGGCAAAAGUGCUAGUGGACAGAGGCAGCGACUCGUGCACUGGCAAUGUGCGCGCAGCCUGGAGCCGGUGUGGGUACAACAAGUGCAGCGGAGAGAAGUCAAUCUACUACACAGUUGGGUCUUUGCUGCCUGCUGCCUCGCUUGGGAACAAGAUGAAAGAUCCACAAAAGCAGAUGAAGCGGAUAGGAUGCGAAACAUACAGAUUCGUCAGAUGGAGCGGAUGGCACUUGCAGAUCGGACGGGAUGCGAAUCAAAGUUGA